UUGAAGAUCAAGUAUUUUUUAGCUUGUUUUGAGGUGGAAUUUCUUUGCUACUUCCUGUGGUUCAGAGGAACUAGAACUCCAAAAAAAUUUGGAAUUAGAAGAAAUUCUGUUAAGAAAUUUGUGGUUCAAUUUUUGAAGAGUGGAGCAUAUGUUGGUUUAAUACGGAAUGGCCCGCAUAAGUUGCCUUGUCUGUCAAAAUUUCGACUUCAAUUUCUUUCAGUUUUAGGUUUUCUGUCUACCUUAGCAAGUGCUGAACCACAUAAAAUGGUCUUCGUUGUCAAUAUGAGCUUGAAAAUGCGAGCUGGUAAAAUUGCAGCACAAGUUGGCCACGCCACACUUGGAGUUUACCGUUUAGCUCAACGUUCUGAUAAAGGGCAGCAGGCGUUGACAGCGUGGCGCUCGGUUGGCGAAAUGAAGGUGGUUGUCAAAGGAGACAGCACAGAUCACUUACUUGAAUUAUUCAAAGAAUCAAGGGACAAGGGGCUUUUCGUAUAUGUCGUUUCUGAUGCUGGAAGGACGCAGAUUCCAGCUGGUUCGCGCACGGUUCUUGGUAUCUUUGGCCCGUCUGAGACGGUUGAUAGUGUGAGCGGAAAAUUGAAGCUGCUAUAA